AUGAUGGAUCACAGUCACUGUUCCCCUGGAUCUCACAAUGGCGGCAGCCAUAUUAGUGAAAACGCAAGAGAACUUGUAUCCAAUAAUGGAAACUCGCAUAUGCCAUAUCAAGGACUUCAGCACACAUCUACUGAAGACUCUCAUAUAUCAAGACAUGGAGGUUCACAUAUGUCUGGAGGCCACCAAAUUUCUCAUCAUGGGGCUAAAUACAUAACUUGCCUUGGAGGCCACCAAAUGACACCUCAUGGAGGCCAUCAUAUAUCCCAUCAUGGAAGCCACCAAAUCCCAAAUCAUGCGGGCAAGCACAUGUCUUAUCAUGGAGGCCACCACAUGUCUCAUCAUGGAUCAGAGCAUAUUUUUCCCCAUGGAAAUCAUCAUACAUCUAAUCAUGGAAGCCAUCACAUGACCAACUAUGGAGACCAUAACAAUUCCAAUCAUAUGUCUCACCAUGGAGUUCAACACUCAUCCAAUCAUACAGAUCAUGAAAUGGUCUAUAAUAGAGGCAAUCAUAUGUUCCAUCAUGGAGAUGAUCACAUGUCCCGACAUGAGGGCCAUCAUAUGCCAACUCAUGGAGGAGACUAUCAUGGAGGUCAUCACAUGUCCCAUCAUGGAGGUCAGCAUGCGUCCCACAAUGGAAUACAUUAUAUGGCCCAUCAAAGAGGUCAUCAACUGUCUAAUCAUGGAGGUCAUCAAAUGUCCACUCAUGGAGGACAUUAUAUUGCCCAUCAUGGAGGACACCACAUGUCUCAUCAAAUGAGUCACCAUGUGCCUCAUUAUAGAAGUCACCACCGUAAGACAAGCAAUCACAAAACCAGUGUCCAUGGUGGAUCUGCUAGUAAAGAAGUUUCCAAAUAUUCUUCUUUAAAACAUAAGAAUGGCUCUGGGUUUUCACAUGGUGGUCAUUGCCAUGGGAGUCAUUCUAGUAGCCAUGCAGGCCAAAGUACUUCAAAAAUUAAUAAUUUUUUGGGUGCAAAUGAGAAGCAAAUAAUGCAGGUUCUAAAUGAGCGGCUAUCAACAUAUCUGGGUACAGUUCACACAUUAGAGCAAAAAAAUGCUAAGUUGGAGAGGAACAUAUCGGAAUGGUAUGAAAAUAACACCCCACAAAUGCCUCCCGAUGGCACUCAUUAUUUCAAAAUCAUUGCUGAGCUCCAGAGUAAGGUAACAAUAACAUAAGAAUUGGUAUAAAGAAUUAAUAUAUUAUAUUAAAAAAAAAAAAACCUGAGAGAUAAAAAAAAAAAACAUUAACUAAAAAAUUACAAAUGUGGAUCGAUACUUUUAUUUACUGCAGUAUUAUGUUACAUUCCAAAACUCAGAAUCCAUUUGGAAGAACAGCAUUAAUUAACUAUAUUUCAAGAUAUUUUUUUAACCUUAAAAACAAACAAAAGAAAAAUCUAGUUUUUUGGGUUUUUUUUGUCUGUUUUUAAAAGCCUGGCAGGUCUGGUCAAUUAGAUUUACCAGGGAGUCCUGAUGGCUACAGUGUUAAUGAUAUCCAUUAAAUUACUAAACUAUUGAAGCCUAACAGGGAUAUUCACUGAACUGUGGUUUGUUCUGUCAGAGAUUUGCAAAUUGUCAAAAUAACUGAACGCUAAAAUUCUUCAAGUUCAAUAUAUUUUCAUCCUUGCUAUUAUUGCAUCAGAUUUAAAAUUGCCACGUGAGUACUUAAAAAGUACUCAUGGUUUUGUGAAUAUCCCUGACUAUGUAUCCUUACGUGAAAAAUACUUUUUAUAAUUAAGGUAAAAUAAAACCAAAUCACACAUAAACCAGCUGUAAGCUAGUACAUUAAUGGUAGACGUUGAGGGAUGGGGUAAGUAUAAUAAAUGACAGUACAGUGGUUACAGAUAUAUCAGUGCUGAUGUUCUGGCAUCACUGUGAUAUUGGCAUUCAGAUUGGUGAAAGUUGUAAAUUAAAUUACUUUAAUCUCUAAUCCCUAGCAUUAUCAUAUCAGUAAUCAGUAUUCUCAAUAAAUGCACUAUUACCAAUUGAUACAGUAACCUAUCUUCGAACUUUAUACCCCUAACCCCAAUCACUAAUUCUCUAUCCUCUAUUCCUAAUAUUUGUUUGUUUACGUUCCGAACUACAAUUCGUCCAAAUUUGGAACGAUCAGGUGUUAGGUCAAAAUCCCAAACCCUGAGCCAAAAUGUAGCCAAAUCACGAAACUAUUGAAUGACCCAGCAUUUCAUUUGAUUAGUGAUAGUAUAUUCCACCUAUGGUGCCAAAAAAGAGAGAUGCUUGAUAACAAAAAAUAAAGAAGAUUGAUGAAUAGGGGACGGUAACUAUAGGUUUAUUUUAUUUACAUAUCAAGUGAGAACUAAGCAAAAGAGGAGGAAUAGCAAAAUGAAAAAUACUUUAAAAUCAUCUCUCAAUAUAUUCAUAAAUUAUAUAUUUAAUACAUAGAUAAUAUAAAUAUAAAAUUUGGUAUUUAUUUUUGGAAACAAUAGUUCAACCAAAAUACAUUUUCUGGCCAUGCCAAGUCUACUAAUAUGUCAUCUUUUCACUGAUACCAUUACUUCAACCCCCUUUAGCCUUUAAAAUUGAGUUUACACAUCAAAAAUAUCUUCUUUAUUCCAAAAUGUCGGUGACAAACGGUUAGAGACAAGAUUUACCAUUAGACAAUGAAUCUGUAUCUUUUCUAUGAUUCCGAUCGAUUUAAAAAAUCUAAAAGUAGCAGAUUUGUUAUCAUGCAAUAUCUCAAGUUGGUUUCAUGUUUUUCAGAUUGGUGAAGUUGCUAAGGAAAAUUCCAGUCUAAUCCUAGCCCUGGGUAAUGCUAAACUAGCCGCUGAUGAUUUCAAGGGCAAGUAAGUUAAAGACAGGAAUUUUUAUAUAAAAGGAAGCAUUUCUGCUAAGAUAGACAGACGGACAGAGAUAUGGAGUGACAGACAGACAGAUUAAUAGAUAGAUAGAUAGAUAGAUAGAUAGAUAGAUAGAUAGAUAGAAUGGACAUAUGGAAAGAUAGACAUACAGAAAAGUGGAUGGAGGGACAGAUAGUCAGACAGAUGAACAGAAAACAGUAAUGAUUACUGGUGCAAAGAAAAACGUACUGAUUUAAAGGAAUUUUCCAACACUCAAAGAAAGUCACUGCCCCCACCUCUUGUAAGUAGUCAAAUGAUUUUAGAAAGGUUUGACUCCUUAACUGCGGUCUGCUAGGUGCUACUCCUCUCCUCCAUUAUUGAUGACAGAAAACCAGAAGCUCCUAAGAAAUGCAGAGCUAUCUUAUUAGCUGAGAAGCCAAUGAGCUAGACCCUGCUCUGAGACUUAGCUCUGGCAGAGAACUUUCAACUCUCCAUCAUCACAAGUCACUCCUGGCACCAUAACCACUACAGUGAGUAGGGAUUCAGAACAACCUAACAAAUAUAGAGAUUCAGUUUUUUUUAAUCAUAUAAAGUAUGCAUGGCGCUGGUUAAUGUUAUCUUCUCUCCCAAAGGUAUGAGAUAGAGCUCCAGUUUAGCGAGAGUGCUAUGACAGAUGUCAAUCAUUUAGGAGGAGUCCUUGAGGCACUGAAUGGGGAGACAGCUGAGUUUGAGACACAUGUCCAAAGUCUUGAGGAAGAGCUGCAGGAUGUUAAGACAUCUAAUGAAGAGGUAAUAUGAUGGCAUUUCAUUUUAAUUCAUUAAUAGGGUGAAUUAAAAAUUAGAAACCACCCAAAGUCAUGAACAACAUUUAAAGAGGCAUUCUAGGCACCAUAACCAGUACAUGCCAUUCUAGUGUUUAUUGUGCUAUUAGAUUGCCAAUUCUGUCUCCCAAUUCUGAGUCAUACCAUUUCCUAGCAGUUUGAUGAAAAAUAUCUGUCUCCACAGGAAUUGCUAAUGGAGAAGUCCAAAUUCUGUUUAGUGUUUUUCAAUAAUUUCAUCCUUAUUUGCAUGAAUUAAUUGACCAAGCGUGUCUUCUGAUGAGUUCAGUUUAUUGCUGCAUUACAAAUAUGACUAUAAUAGAUAUUAUAUGUGGAAGUUGAAGUGGACUGAGACUUUAGUAAAACAGGGAACCUUUUUUUUCAAGCAAUGUCCUGCAUCUUGUAGUAGUUAUGGUGCUUUGAAUGUCCCCGUAAUGUUAUCUUAUGAUGUAUGGUACUUUACAUUUCUCGCAUUUGACAGUCAAUAUCUUAUAUGCAUAUGUCUUAAGCGCCUUGUGCACUUUAAAUGUAUUUGGGUCAGUCCUGACUUGUUCUGUACAAUUGAUAAACCUUCUGUUCUAUUGUUUUGGGAAACUAUUCAUGUAUAUGUUUAUUUCUCUAUAUGCUGAAGGUCAGACAUUUUAUCUGACUGAAUGGCUCAUCCUGAUUAAUAAUAAUGAAUGUUGUUCUUCAGGAUAUUGACAAUCUGCUUGGCCAGCUUGGAGCCAGGGUCAAUGUAGAAGUCAAUGCUGCCCCAUCUAUUGACCUGAACACUGUCUUGUCUGAGGUCCGAGGUGAAUAUGAAAACCUGAUGGACCAAAAUCUAAAAGAGGCUGAAGAAAUGUUCCGGCAAAGGGUAACCAGGUUUCAAACAUUAAUUUGGUUUAUUUUAUUUUUUGGGGGGAGGGAAGGUAAUUGUAAUAAUCUAUCUUUGUAUCUGCUAGAGUGAGGAACUGAAUCGUGAGGUGGUCUCUGGAUCUGAGCAGUUGCAGUCAUUCGAAAUGGAAAUCAUUGAAAUGAAGCGAAACAUGCAGGCCCUGGAGAUUGAACUGCAGAGUGAAAUGAGCAUGGUAUUUAUUGGUGGUGGGAGGGGAUGCAUGUUUCUUGGAAUAAAUGCUUCAGUCCACUUAGUGAAAAAAUGACACACUUUUUGUAUGGUUAGCAAACCAGUGUGGGAUUCAGGUUUUGUUGUGUGAAGGUUAUGUUACAUAGAAAUAUUGAAGACAAAAGAAUAUUGGUCUUUCCAAUCACACCAUUACCUAUAUGAAAACACAUCCUUUCUGGUUAAGAAAGCAAUAUGUCUAUCCAAUUUGUUUCUUGAACCUUUCCAUUAUCACUCACUAUCAUUUUUACUAUUAAUUUACAGUGAAAUAUGCAAGAAAAAGCAUGCUCUGAUGUUACUCUUGAAUAUCUUACCAUCCAAAAAUUGUUGUAUUAGUUCUACAGAGAUAAUUUUAAAAGUUAAAUUAAUUUACACUAUAAAUAUUUAGCUCUAGUAUAUUUAUAUCUGUCUGAAACUCAACAUGCUUAUCUAGAUGAGGUCUUAAAAGGGAUCUAUUUUAUCAAAAGUGUCUCCCUUUUCCUACUAGGAUUCCAUUAAAAUCCCUCAAUAUUUUAUCUAUUGAACUGAGUAUGUUUGUGCUUUGUGCUUCCCAACAACAAUCUCCAUGUUCCAUUGCUGAUCAAAAGUCCCCCUCUAAAUAGAAUCUUGAGAACACAACAGAAUAGAAAACCGUUAUCAUACAUUUCCAAUUCCCUAUAUAGCCAUAGUUCUAGGUACAAAUAUUUGAAGGAAUGUAACUUUUUUUAGUAAUAUUUUGUGUGAUAUUUUAUUCUUAUAGUGACUACAAUAUUUCUGAUAUUAUGUAUACUGUCUGUAUUCUAGAACUCAGCUCUAGAGGGUACAUUGGAAGAGAUACAAGACACUUUCGGCUCUAAGUUGGAACAACUACAGAGUGUUAUCAACGAUGCAGAGUCUGAACUGGGCCAAAUCCGUUCUGACCUUGAGCACCAAAACAAUGACUACAAGAUUCUCAUGGACCAGAAAACGCACCUGGAAAUGGAAAUUGCCACUUACAAACGCUUGUUGGAUGGGCAUGACAUUACGUGAGAUUUUAUUUGUUCUUUUCCCUUUUACAAAUAAUGAGGUACUGUCACUUCCAGUGAAGAGACAGUUCCUUGUUCCGUCACAAAUGUUAAUGCCAUUCCAGCACCUAUUGGGGUGAAUAGAACAGUGAAGGUAAGUAAAAAAAUCUAUUUACGUCUGCGACUGUUCCACAUUUCAGAGGCUCAUACAAACGCUCAGACAUAACACCGGCACAUGUGUGUUUUGAAUUCUUUCUAGAAGUUAAUCAUUUGCAUACUGUGUCUACCUUGCAAAGUAUGUAAUUUAAAACAUAAAGAAAGAAAAUUAGGUUUUAAAAACAGACACUUCCUCUUUAAAGGAACAGGUUACAUCUGGCAAAUAUUUUUUCAUUCCUUAUACCGGUUGUGCAUUAAUAAUAUAAGCAAAGGCAAUGAAUUGAAAAUAAUGUUAUUUUAAAAAAUAUAUAUUUUUAGAAAUUUCUACACUGGUUGCCACUCCCCAGUAUUUGCAGCUUAUGCAGUGAACUCUAUUGAGCUGAUCAUGAUGUUCCUGUAGCACAGAUGAAUUACAACUCCGGGAAACUUAAGUCAAUACAAUAAUAUGAUUGUAUUAGCGGAGCAACAUUGGAAACAUGUACUAUUUAAAAAAUGUAAAUACUAAAAACAGUACAAAGCAACAAGCAUACUUAAUUACAGCUCAAACAACACAUUGGAUUUAAUUUGAGGUGGCUUAGAUGUAUUCCUUUAAAAUGAAUUUACAUGAAAAAAACUGUUCCUGUUUCUAUACAGGAACACUCUAAGUACCAUAACCACUAAAGCAUGCUGGGUUAGUUAUGGUCCCAGGAAUGCCCCUUGCUACCUCUCAGAGCUGGGGAAAAUAGAAGUCAGUUUAGUUAAAUAGAAGGACUUAUAAGUUAUUCAUUGGCUGAGAGAGAACACUCGGAAAAUCAAUGUUUAUAUAGGAAUUCAGUUGUUAAUGUUUCUGAAGCCCACAUGCAGAAUGGGUGCAUGACAGGACCCAGGUAAGUAUCACACCAUGAAAAAAUGGUCUGGCACAUUACGCUGGCAUAGUGCUAGUGCCCUCCUGGCACCACAACUAGUACAGUGGGCUGUUGUGGUUUUGUGAAAAAACAAGGAGGUACGUUUCUAUCUCUUGCAAGGUGGGUAGGAAAAGGUAGUUGGAACAAUCCAAACGAGAGUCUCUCUUUUCCGGUCAAAGUAGGGAUGAAGAGAUCAACGCCUAGGGAAUUCCUCAGGGAUAUUCGAGUAUGAAAUGAGACUAGCACACAGGAAAAUAUGUUGUGUAGUAGGUUGGUUGAUGUUAUCUUAAAAAUGAAAAAGAGAAGAUGCACUUACAAUACAUAGAGCUACCAGUAAGCUCUACUUGUACGGACCUUGGUGGUACAAUAACCCUCCUAAGGAUGUGAAGUAUAUCUCUUGGUUGAUCCAUUAUGAAAUAUAAACAGAAUAGAUACCAAUAUAAUGUCACUGGUGUGGCUAAUAUUGUGUAUACAUUCACAUUUUUGGAACCUGAAAAUGGCUCCUAACAGAUAGCGUGAAGUGGCACAAUCCCCACUCCUGCAUAUAUAUUGUAAUACUGGUACUCCCUGUGGCAGUAUGUGGAUAAAAAAAAAUACAAUAUAGUGCCCACCAUAACCGGAAAGGUGUAUAAAAUAGCUGAAAAUUUACUCAUAAACUUUGAGCAAAAAUAGGUUUUUGCUCAUUCCUCAAAGCAUAGGUGGUAUGAUCCCCAAGAAGGAAUGUGAUGUCCAGGUGACUGGAAGAAAGCAGGAUGGUCCUGGAGAGUUAAAAAUUAACUAGUUUAUUAGUAAUAUGUAAAUGAUAAAAAAAAAAUACAGCAAAAUGUAUUAUGCUUUUCACCACAUUAGAUGGACUUUGUCAAAUAUUUUUUUUUUAUCAAACAGUUUGAUAAAGCCCAUCUAAUGUGACAAAUUAGACUAAAAACCAACAAAAUACAAUUUGAUCAAUUCAAAGCUUUCCCAUUGGGAGACUAGUGCAAUGGCUCUUUGAGACCAUCUCAUAGAAACAGUGGAGUACCUGCAGAGUGGCAAUGUCUUCAGCUGUAGUGCUAUGAUGAGGGAUACGUGGCACCUAGACCACUUCAUUGAGAGGAAGUGUUUUCGGUUCCUGUAGAGGUCCUUUAAGUCUCCUGUUACAGAUUCACAAUCAGAUCCUGCAUGUAAUCUUGCAAGGUACUGAUAUUUGGUAAACAUAAAAAGAUCUUAUAAGUCUUUAGGCAAAAUUGCAAACUAAUUUUAACAUUUUGUACUCCCUACAGAGUUACUGGACACCAGACGUCAGGUGAACAAGGUAAGUGAAAAACAAAUAGGAUAUGGACAAUAUAAUAAAACAUAAAAAAGAAUGUCAAUCUCACAAUUCCAGACAUACAUAAAAACUUUAAGUAGUCAAUGCAAGGUGAUGCAUCAUACUUGCAAGGUUGGAUUGGACAAUCAAAUAGUCGAUAGUGAUUGGUGAGUCCUUGUGUUUCUGACAAAAAUAAUUACAUGAAACAAAAAAUAUUUAAAAAAAACACUUUACGACUGGCAAAUACAUUUUUUAAUUAAAAUACAACAUUAGAUGCAGAAAUAUAAUUUACUUCUGGACUCACGCCGCAUAAUCCCUAUAUCUAGAGGUUUGGCCAAGAGGUUCUGCUAUGACAGUUUUUGGUAAAGUCUGGCGAUAGAGCAUAUGUGUGCCUCACAUCCUUCUUUCUUCUCAAUCUAGUUUAGGCUCCCCCACUGCAAUCAAAUUGAAUCCAGUUAUUAGCAACUAUAAUUCCAGAAUUAUAGUUAUUAUUCCAGUUUUUCUGAAGCAUAGAAUGCAUUGACUUAGCUAAAGAUGCAUUAUUCUAUAUUGUGAUAUUAAAGGAGACACAAACCUUUGCCAGAAAAAAAAACAAAAAAUUGCUAAUUUGACUUGAAAGCCUUUGUUUUCCUUUCUAGAGGCCUACCAGAAAAAGGCACAUCAUGCCAAGGAACAUGACCAUCAAAGCAAGUGAUAGAUCAUCUGAUUUUUCUUAUCCAGUUGUUACGCUUUUUUUAAUGGAAAUAUAUAUCUCCCCACCUGAAAUGAAAUGCAAAAGCUCAAGGUCGUAAGAUAACUUGUGUCUAACCUGUCUAUGUCUCACUUCUCUUCUUUUUAAAAUCAUUAUCCUUUUUAUUAUAAACGUUUACCAUGGCUGAUUGUAUGUUAGAACUACAAUGGUUAUAGGGGAAUAUUUGUACUUUGUGCUCAAGUAAACAAGGAUCGUUUUUGUUUUGUGCUUUGACUCCAGCAGGGUGGCCAACGUAAGUUAUACAGUGAUCCAUUGUAGACAAGACAUGGAUCACAAGAUUUUUAAAUACUUAGAAUAAAUAUGUCUUAUUCUACUGUCAUAUUCUGUGCUAGUAUUAAAAACACAGUCUAAGAUGUAAAUGCAAAACAUAAAACAGAGUAUAACAAAGUGCACACUUUGAGCCUUCAAAAUGUGCUUUCUACUCACAGCAAGCUUAUUAGACCAGGGUUGUCAAAUUCCAGCCUUCGGGUGUUGACCAACUACAACUCCUGAAUUUCUUUUUAUUACAUGAGAUAAACUGUCAGAGAAUUAUGGGACUUGGAAUUUAAAAACCUCUAGAGGGCAGUAUUUAGACAACCCUGCUUUAGACCUCUACCUCAUAAUUCUUUAAAAACCAGGAAAGGCACAUUCAGAUUACUCUGGUUUCAAGUACGUCCUGGGGAUGUUACCUUAGCCCAGCAACCAGGGGUUGUUACUAUUACCCAAUUUAAUGGUACUUAUUUUAUCUACCUCGGAAGGAUGAAGGGCUGAGUCAACCCUUCUGGGAUUUGAACCUGCGACCCAAGGGUUGAACAGACAUAAUAAUCCUUUCAUUGUUCUAAAAUGCUUUUUGUUUCAAUAGCUCUGCUGUGAUCAUCCACAUUUGAAAGCUUAAUAUCUCCACUUUAAUAAAAAAUAAUUUGUAUGUAAAUAUUCUGUUUUGUAAGCUGGCUGUACUUUUCAGAAACAGCAGUGAUACAUGCUUUUUAUAAGUCAUAUAUUUUUUAUGAAUUUCGAUGUCUAAUGAAAGCAAAAAAAAAAAGUGAAGGUUAAAAGUUGUAAUUUAUGGGCACAUUUCAUAUAUUACUCUUAAUUUUAACUAUUACUUUUGCAAUGAUGGCUGUGUUUUAGCUUUUAGCUUUAAAGGGAUGCUUUAGUCACCAAAGCAACUUUAGCUUAAUGAAGCAGUUUUGUUGUUUAGAUCAUGCCAGUCUCACUACUUAAUUCUCUGAUAUUUAGGAGGCAAAUCACUUUGUUUAUGUAGCCCUAGUCACACCUUCCUGCACGUGACUUACACAGCCUUCCAACACACUUCCUGUAAUGAGAGAUCUAAUGUUUACACUUCCUUUAUUGCACAGCCUGUUUAGUUUAGAAAUACUUAUCUCCUAGCUUGCUAGACCUUGUGUGUAAUAAAAGUUCAAUUUACAGAAAAUGUGAUAAAAACUUUUAAAGUAAGUUAACAUUUGAUUGAAAAUGCAGGCUGUGUAAGUCAGAGCCAGGGAAGGUGUAGCUAGAGCUGCAUAAAGAAUAACAAAAGACUUCAGAGGCAUGAUCUAUUCACAAAAACUGCUUAAUUAAGCAAAAAUUGUUUUGGUGACUAUAGUGUCCCUUUUAACUUUGUAAUGUCCUAUUUGGUGUAGGGUUUGCUGAGAGUUACCCUAAUGAUAUAUUCAGGACUGGAAUGUGGUAGGCUGCACUUGGCAACUGGCUAGAAUGCCUCGCAAAGAGAAGUUUCUAUGAGCUACCAGUGAACUACUGGUAAAGGUGUUCUUUGAUAAAAAAAAAAAGUGUUAUAUAUUAACAAAACUGGAGCAUCUAUAUGUAGAGAAGAUGUAAAUGGCCAAUGACCUAAAUGGAAAUGAGAAUGUUAUGUUGUCUCUAGCUUAAUCUUACGUGGAAAAGCUGAUAAAUGUUUGUCUUCUGGUCAGAAUAUUUACAAAACCAUAAAAAAAGACUGUACUAGUGAUAAUUAUUAAGGAGUUGUUAAUGGAGAUGAGUUAAAUUAAAUUGUGCCGUUACUGAUCUUUGCACCUUAGACCUUCCUGUAAAGUCAGCCCUAAAUAUUUGGCAUUGCCUCUUCAAUCUCAUGGAACCUGCAAGAAUAUUUUUUUUGAAGCAGGCAUGGCAAGAGUAAGAAGAUCCAAUUGUACAGAAUGCCUAAACAGUUUUCGAAAAAGCCAAAAGACAUUAUGAAUGCCGGUAUUACAGAGCAACAAUGUAACCCUAUAAAAUAUAACCAUUUGAAUAUCUUAGUGGCUGCUUGUGCCUAGCUUUAUGGCUUGUAUGUCACAAAAGAAUGAUAGAUUUUUGGACUGUGAUGUCAAAUUGUAUUAUUGUCAGAUAUUUUAUGAUUAAUCUUUUUUUUACAUGUUUCCUAAUAAACUUAUUUCUGUCUAAUGCAAGUAAUAUUGUGUAAGAGGCUUUAUGUGGUAUACUUAAAUACAAAGGCUUAUUAAAAUUGUAUUUGCAAAGCAACUAAAUUUUUCAUUAGAACAUUGUAAAACGAGAAGAAAAACUGAAAAAUAAGCUUGUACAAAGAAACAGAUUUCCAGGAUGCCUAUGAGGAACAAACCAAUUUGUGUUAUGUUGUAUCCUCUUUAUAAAGUUUCUAUAUAAUUCUUUAGCUGACUAACUGUAAAUGCAGUAACCAUCUGUAAUUAUUAUUAUUAUUAUUAGUAUCAAUACACCAUAGGCAACAUAAGCAGAAUCAUAUUUAAGAAGAGAAGGACAUUUUAAACUUGCUUAUAUCUUUUAGGAGACAGACCAACUUACAUUUGUUUUCCACUAAGAUGACACUGAACCAAAAUAAUAAAAGGGAGGUAGCAAGACGAGGUUAUUAUAUACCUGACUAGGCAUUAAACAACAGUCAAUGAUUAGGGCUGGGAUUUGUAGAGUAGGGUUGCAUGGUUGCAUGUAAGUCCUAUAGGAAUUCAAAGAGUAGGCAAACUAACUUACAUUUAGGAUCUAGACUCUUAGAACAUGAUACAAAUACUUUUCCCAACAGGGAAAAAAGGUUGCCUCAAAAUCUUUUGUUAAAACUUAGUUUAUUUAUAAUUUAUUCAUUAAUGGUGCAGACUCAUCUGAGAGAAAGAGAGAGGGAAAGAAAGAGAAAAAUCAACAGCUGACGCGUUUUGCGCCCCACAUACACAUCCUCAGAGACUUUGCUUUACCUUCAGUGUGAGUGUUGAGUAGUACAUGUAAAACAUCACAGAUAGGUAACACACUUUGUAACUUGUGAUUACCUUUCAUCCCCAAUGGGUGAUGUUAUUGUCCUGCUGUGCAAGUAUUAAAGAUGUAGAAUCCCAAUUCUAAAGAAACGCCUGCUGCAAUGCCUAUAUGUUGGGAAACAUUAUCCAUCUAGAGACUUGUUAUUUAGAUACUUGGCAAGCCAAAGGUCAGUGUUAAUGUCACUGUGAAUAAUUGCAAACAACACCCGUGAACCAUUACUACCUCUCGAUGUGACACCAGGUAAAAGAGGAUUUAAACCAAGGUAGAUGUCCAACAUUUAUAGCGAACACCAAAGGAAAGGAAAAGAAAAGAAAAAAACAUUUUAUUUAAAAUUUGUGAUAGUUUUUAUUUCAGAUAAUUACUUAAAGAUUUUGAAAGCUACAUUUAAGAAGUUAAACUAUUUUGUUUGUUGCCAACAGGUGAUAGAAUAGUUAUGAAGGAAGCUAACAACUUACUCGCCCACUUGCACAAUGGACUCAACUUUAGGUUAUCGAGAUGAAUAUUGUAAAUUCCGUAAUUAAAAUUUUCUUUUAGAUCAGAUCUGACAUAUUCUUGAAAAAGGAACAUAUACAUUACAUGAAGUUCUUAGCAAGUAAGCCUCCUAGAACAGUUCUGAAAAUGGUAUAUUCUAAAUGCAAUCCUUAUAUGCAAGAAAAGAGCAUGUGAUGAACACAGUGAUAGCACACAUUUACUACACUGCUAUCUUUCUUAUAAUUUCAACUCACUGACUCACCAGUGACAUACAUGACUUUGUGAACAUAGCCUUUUUACAUUUGUCAGUAUUUUAGUGAAUUUAUAAACUGAUUUAUGGAAUACUGAUAUUUAUAAAUUUCUAUUUUUGGGGGAUAUGCUGCUGUUUCUUACAUUAUUUUAUUUUAUUUUACAUUUACCAUUGGAUUAAAACAAUACAAUUCUGAAGUUCGGGUUUUCCAGACAUACUUGUAAAGUAUUAGUUAAUCCAAAAUUAGAUAAAAUGUAGUUUCUGUCCAUGUUCCAAAUGAAAACCUGUUUUUAGGUGAACUUUUAUAAGCUACAUUGAUCAGACACAACAUUAAAUUCACUGACAGGUGAAGUGAAUAACAUUGAUUAUAUCAUUACAAUUAUAUGAGGCAGCAAGUAACACGUCAGGUCUUUCAUUCCAUGCAUUGGAAGCAGGAAAAAUCUAGGAAGUGAAAAAGAUUUAUGUGUCUUUGACUAGGGCCGAGUAGUGAUGGCUAGACAACUGGGUCAGAGCAUCUCCAAAACGUCAUGUCUUGUGGGGUGUUACGUGUAUGCACUGGUUAGUACCUACCAAAAUUCGUGCAAGAAUGGACAACUGGUGAAUUGGUGUCAGGCUCAUGGGCACCCAAAGCUCACUGAUGCACAUAGGGAGCAAAGAUUAGCCCGUCUAGUUCAAUCACACAAAGAGCUACUGUAGCUCAAAUUGCUAACAAGCUUAAUGCUGGCCAUGAUAGAAAGGUAUUGGAACACACAGUACAUCGCCGUUUGCUGCAUAUAGCUGCAAACUGGUCAAAGUGCCCAUGAUGAUGUGAGCAUCAUAACUGGACCAUGGAGCAACCGAAGACAGUUGCCUGGUCUGAUGAAUCACAUUUUCUUUUAAAACAGGUGGAUGGACUGGUUUGUGUGUGUCAUUUACUUGGGGAAGAGAUGGCAGCAUGAUGCAUGUGAAGAUGGCAGACUAGCAGAGACAAUUUUAUCAACACACAAAAGAUAUACAAUACUAUAUACCAGAAAAGAGAACUCCAGGUGCAAAUAAAACACACACACACACACAAAAGUGCAUAGAGUGUAAAAUACAAUCUGACAUAUUUUGAUAUACAAAUCUCUGAUACCUAAUAAAUCCAAAUAUAGGAGAAAAAAAAUCACAAUAGUGUAAUAUGUAUAAAAAAGAACACUGGGUAUGUGGGAGAGAAAAGCACUCAGAAGAUGAAACUGAAAUGCAGGCAUGGAAACAUAGAUUGUGAUGGCAGAAAAGAACCAUUCGGCCCAUCUAGUCUGCCCAAUUUUCUAAAUGCUCUCAUUAUUGCCUGACCUUAUGAUAGCGAGGCUAGCCUUAUGCCUAUCCACAUGCUUAAAGUCCCUCACUGUGUUCAUUUCUACCAUUUUAGCUGAAAGGCUAUUCCAUGCAUCCACUACCCUCUCAGUAAAGUAAUACUUCCUGAUAUUAUUUUUAAACCUUUGCCCCUCUACAAACUGCCGCUGGGGAGUGAGGAUGUUACUCUCCUCUCCCUGCAUAACAUCCUGCGGCUGUGUAGGGGAGAUCCCCAAAAACCCCAUCAUGCGUUCCACCUCUACAUUCUUUUGCAGGUAAUCAGUCACCACAGCCAUAGUGUGCCGUAUUGUCUUCUCUGUGGGGUUGGGCCCAUAGAAAGCCAGCAACAUCCUCAUCAUUUUACCAAACUCUGAGUCAGCAUUGCUGGAUACCAUGCUUGUCUGGUCCAAUUGUGGUCACUUCCUCCCAGAUCAGUUGCACCACCUCUGCUGAUGGGUUGACUCUUAAGAAAGCCAGCCCAUCUAUUACUCUACUCUGGAACUCCUUUCCCGACAAGGAUGCUGCACUGGUGCUAGUUCCAUCCCUCCCCAGAAGAUGUGCAGAAGUCCAAGUGGUGUUCUGGAUGUAUUCCUAAUGCUAUAAAGCCAUCCCACUGCUGCCACCAAGUCUGACAGAGCACCUUUACUCCAAAAAAUGUACCUCUGUCAAGUGGGAAGUAAGGAGGGGUUGGGGGUCCACCCCGGAUAGUGACUCAGUAGGGGGGUGCCACGCUCUGUACCUCCUGCUGCUUCAGCCAUAAUAAUCUCUCCCUCAUGACUCUGGCGCUCAGUCCGUGAGUCGGAGCACAGGGAGGGGAUUCCCAGCCUGUGUUCUGACUCACACUGAGCACCACAGAGGUUAUAAUGGAGUGUACCAGCUGGCGGCGCAGAGAGAGUAUUCUGGCCACUCUGAACAUGCAGGGUAUCAUAGUCAGGCUCUCUAUAUCCCCUGCUUGCACCUGCUGCACUGCCUGACCCUGAGCUGGGAUGGAGCUGGUGAGAGACAGCCCCUGCUGCACCCCCUGAAUGGUAAGCUAAUAAUACUAUUGUAAAUUCAUCCUGCGACAUCCACCUCCUCAUAGCCAUAUAAUACCCUCCCUGCCAUUAUACCCCACCCUCUCUGCCAUAUAUCCCUAAUCCCCACCUAAUCAUAAUACCCUCCCUGCCAUUAUAGCCCACCCUCCCUGCCAUAUAUCCGUAAUCCACAUAAUCCCUGGCAUAUACACCCCCACCUUGUCUCAAUACUCUCCCUGUCAUAUACACCCCCGCCUUGUCAUAAUAUUCUCCCUAACUGUGUUAACCUCUACACAGUAAAGAUAUCAAAUUAGGGUGCUAUUCAGCAGAUAGCUCAUUUAUUUGGCGUGCUUGAAUAUGGCAAUCCCACAUAAGGAUAGCAAAUAGGGGAGUUAUCUCAUAAACAAAGAUUGAAGUUAAGAGGAUGUUCAGCCUGAACAAGACAUCUGGGUGGCUAAUGUGAAUUCGAUGCAAAUGUGUUGUCUGAUCCCAGCAUGCACAACAUGCUGUUGUCAGACAGCCAAUGGCAGCACAUUACCCCAUUCCCUAGUGAAAAUUAUUAAUGCUCCCCUCUCCCCCCAGUUUAUGUGCCUUCCCUACAUAUUGUUCCUAGAGUCACCACUGCUUCAGGGGGCAGGUUCUGCGCUGCGGUGCUUUAAUAGUGCGACCAGGGUUCUAUAAUAAUGUAAUGGCAGCGCUGAGGGGAAGUGAAAUUCAGUCACAUGAGAAGAACAGGAUAGAGGGUGGCACUGAUUGGGAGAGAGCCCAACUCCCAACAGCUUCAGCCAGCAGGUAGGAAACAGGAGGAUGGCAUUGUGUAUCUGUAUGUGUGUCUGUGUUGCUGCAUGUGUGUAUAUGUGUGACUUUGUGUCAGUGUGUGUAAAGGGGUGUAUAUAUCUGCAUACAUCUCAGCAUCUUUCCAACACUACGCACACAUACAUCCCUGCAUUCCAGGGUAAACACUACAUACAAACAUACCUCUGUAUUAAAACAUCACCAUUAUAUAUAACCACACCACUGCAUGUUGCAAACACUACACACAAAUGCAUGCCUGCAUUAAAAUGCCAACACUACAUACAAACACACCCCUACAUUCACUCACACAUACUCCAUACAAAAACAUGCUUACAUUGAAUCAUGCAAACACAGUUCAAUACUACAUAAAUAACAAAAAUAUUUGCGGGUGUUUUUUACGUUUUAAAGUGUGUGUGGGGGUGCCAACAUGAGGACCCGCCCCGGGUGCCAAAUGCUCUAGGUACACCCCUGCCUCCAUCCAGUCUGCUUACUAGCCCCUGGAACUCUUUAGACCCCAGUCGCCGAGGCUUGACUGAGGUCCUUAUGACGUUUUCCCACCCAACCAGGCUGCAGCUCUCCUUCCAGGCAGGUAUUGUCCCUUCUGCCUAUACCUCUGCAGCCCUUCUUCCAGGCAGGUACUGUCCCCUCUGCCUAUUCCGUUGCAGCCCUAAUUCCAGGCAGGUAUCAACCUCUGCCUGCAAUGUGAUUUCUAUUGCCUUUACAAAGGUAUUCGGCUCUCAAGCGUAGCCCUCUUGUUUUAUCCCAGUGCUAGAGGUAUCGUGCAACCAGCCAACAGGUAAGACAACUCUGUGGUUGGGAUCCCUAAAAAUCCACACAGAACACUCAGUUCCAACAGGAGCUAAUCUAUUCAACUUCAUUUUAUUCUUGGGAUUAGCCCAUAUGCUCAUUACAUCAAGCUUGCUUUGAAAAUGCAAAUGAAUAACCUUGCUAUUCAGGUACUGCUACCAACAGAGGGCGCUAUACAGACUCCAAUAGCCAAAUCCACUUAGUUGGUAACAAGCAUCAGAAGAACAGGACAGCACACAAAGCAAUUUACAAUAUACAAACACAUUAGAAACAAACUGCACCUGUAAUGGGUACAUGGUGACUUAGAAAUAGGAACAACUUAGAAACCUUUGUAAAGUAUCCUGCUCCCAGUGAUGGUGACUACAAUCACAAAGUCUAUUUACUCAAUAGCAUGUAAUGGUGAAUUAUGAACUGAGAAACGUUGGCUAGAAUACACCAAUUGAAUAUAACCAUAGGCAUUGCUGGGAGGUGGAGGGGGGGUUGUGGUCCAAAUCUCAGCUUAUGGGGCACUCUAGCCUCAGUGAGAUCUCUACACGUGUUUGAGAGGAGAAGUGGAUAUUAGAAGUGGAUAUUAUUUUUUUAAUUUUACUUAAUACAAAUACUCUUCUCAAAGAAGCAAUCUGAUAUAGAAUCUAAUAUAAGAUCUAAUAUAAAAUCUUACUAUCAGUGGUAUAAUGCUCUUCCAGGAUACUUUAGGUGAGAGGGUAAAAAUGCCCAUGUGACCAUCAGAAGAAUGUGCUGGUGACAGUAAGCUAUCUCCCGUGUCGUAGUGAAUAUCUGACUUUGCCACAUUUGUUUGGAAUAUGUCAAGUUAUCUCAACUCACUGUUUAAAUGGUAGACUGGUACAUGUUUAUUAAGAAAUGACAAUGUCAUCCUGUAAAAUAUAACCUCACAGAUAUUUAAAUGACUUCAGAGAAAAGCAAUGUCUUCCCGUCCAUUUAUAAAGCCUAUGUGUCACGAAUGCUAAUGGUUUAAUGUACUAUAAUGCCAAUAUAUUCUUCCCAAUUCAUCUUAUUAAUAUUUUUAUGGACUCCAUAAUAAAAUAUUUUCUGUCAGAUGCAAAGCAAUGUUAAUGGUCAAUUAAAGAACAUGGUGAACACAGUUCUUGCAACUUAAAUAUAAUAAAUAUAUGAACAAGACGAAAUUUAAAAGACAAACUCAAGCAUCAUGUCAAUUUACUGUUGUCUCAUAGAUUUUUCUCUCUCCUUUUUCCUAGUUGCUUAACCCCUUAAGGACCAAACUUCUGGAAUAAAAGGGAAUCAUGACACGUCACACAUGUCAUGUGUCCUUAAGGGGUUAAACUAACAGUUAGUUAAUUUGCUAAACUUAAUAAUAGCAAUAAGCCCAACUUUCCUUUCAAAUAUAUCAUAGAGACAAUCUUUCAUCCGUUCCAAACUAUUUCUAACUCCAUCAAACACCCUAAGUCUUCAAAUACACAGUGCACCUUAGAUUGCCAAAUAUUUAAAUGCGCACUUUUAUAAAUGAACAUACAAUUGGGAAACAAUUAUAAAAGUAGUAAAUUAAAACCAAUGUGCCUUAGUAAUCGGAAUAGUCAAGUAAAAAACAAUCCAUUAAAAACAUUUAAAUCCGAUGGGUCAAUAGCAUCCUUUAACAAAUAUCAACAUGACAACAGGUUUACAAUAAGGGACAUAAGAUGGGCUAAACUAGAAAGUGGAAAGCCCAUAGCCAAAGAGAGCAAGACCAACACGCAAAAGUACAAUAAUGCUGAAAAGGUUAAGAGUGAAAUUCUUGUCCAUAGAAAUCUAAAUUGGGUGUGUUAACUAAGGAGAGCUGGAAUUCUAGCUAUGUUUUUUUCUUCAGAAUAAUCUGUGGCUUUAUAUUUGAAAAUCCUUGCUACAAAAGCUGUACAUAUGAUAAUAGCGUCAGCAAUUAAAUAUGGUGGAUGUUCUAAAAAUCCCCAGUGCCAGAUGGUAUUUGCCCACAAGUACUUAGGGGGCUUAGUGUAGAAAUAUUCAUAACACUGUUUUUAAUCUUUUGGAAUUAUUUUAUUUCAGAAAUCAUAUCAGAGGACUGGAGAAAGGCAGAUGUGGUACCUAUAUUUAAAAAGGGUUCAAAUGGUCAACACAGAAACCAAAAGAGAGAUAGCUCAACAUCUGUGAUUAGAAAAUUGUUUAAUGGUGAUUAGGGGAUAAUAUUCAAGAAUACAUUUUGAACAAUAAUAUCAUUGGUAGGAAUCAUUAUGGUUUUAUGAAAGACAGUUCAUGCCUAACUAUUUUGGUUUGUUUAUGCUAAACCAGCCUCAGAGUUAUAGCAGCUGUGUCACCACCAUAAGCAUCAGUCUACCUAACACCAGAUGCAAAUAAAGUGCUUGCCAAUGUCGAUAUCAUCUCCCUUGACUAUUUGAUGAUUGUAGUAACUCACAAACGGUAGCUACCACACUCACACUUAGGAAUCCUGGUGAUUAACAGGGCAAGGUUUUUUUCAAUAAACCUGCCUUCCUGCAGCAAUCCUGUAGCCCCAUGUAGCCAGGCGCAGCUAAGCGGAAAAAGGCCUUGACAGGGGUUAGGAGGCGGGCCUAGGAGGAAGUAAGCAUGGGAGUGGAGUUAUGGGUAAGUAGGUUUGGUUAUUUAAAUGGGCAGCCAUUUUAGGUGAGUCAUUCUAAUUUACUACCUGGUUAAGUUUGUGUUUGCUCCUGUGGGCACAGAUUUGGCUUGGUAGGGUUUUUUCUUCUUUUGUCUCCCUGCAGGGCCGAUGGACGACGUGGAGCGACUGCUGGAUGGGAUCCGGUCGGCGGCGAGGCAUCAAGGUGCUGACUGGCUGCUGGCCCAGCUGGGCCCGGCCCUGGCGGAGGCGGCGGACCAGGACGGCGGCAGGGGGAGACCAGUCCAGGCCAGGAGGCCCCCGGAGCGGCUAAGCCCGGGCGGGGGACCCGGUGAAGACGUCCCUGGCAGCCCUGGAGGUUCCGGCGCGGGCGGCAGCAGGCCCGGCAGCCGUGUGGUAGAGGCCCGCCUCCCCGCGUGGCUGGGGCCUAGGAUCGGUGCCUGGCGCCGGAAGGAUGGUCAGGACGGGCCGUCGCGGCUGCCGGGAUGUCUCUCCUGGGGGGAUGGCGCCAAGGAGCCAUAGGAGGAGGCCAGGAGGGGGGGGGGUAAGGAGCUGCUGGGCCCAUCUGGUAGGGGGAACGGGUCCUCCGUGGGUUCGGGGGUUAGGCCUGCUCAGAUGGGGUCAGUUAGGUCUGGUUUGGGGGUUGGGGGGGGCUUCACUUGCCAGUCAGGUUGAGGGGGGUCCGGGUGCCGUUAGGCUGGGAGCCAGCUGGGGAGGGGGGUUGGGGGUGCGGGGUAGUAGGGGGGGUCUAGUUCAGGGCGUAGUAGUGGUAGUCUUUCGCCGGUUCGGAACUUGGAGUCCAGGGGGAGGAGGGGUAGGUCCCGGCAGCGCCGCUCCACGUCAGGUAGCUCAGUGGAGGGCAGGGCUAGCGUCCCCAAGGGUGGUCGGCGGGGGCGGUUACCGGGUGGAGACAGGAGGAGUCGGAGUCCUAGGGGCUCCCGCACGUGUCGCGCGCAGGGGGCGCAGCGGGAGGCUUUGGCGUUGGGCAGGCGCUCCCAGGGUCGGGACGGGGGGGAAGCUAGUACUCAGUACACCCUACCCAGGACCUCUUCUCCUCUUUCCAUGUCGCGGAGCCAUUCCCCCUCUGCACGGGCAAGGCACCGGUUUGGCUCCCCGGUUGGCGAGGCAUCGGCGGGAGUCGAUCUCCCUGGACAUCGGCGAUCGACGACGCAGCCCCUGCCGCUCUGGUGUCGGGGGGCUUGGCCGGUGAGUCCUGUGGGUCACUACACUCCAGCGCUUUAGUUAGCACACUUCAAGCACUACUCCACUCACUGGGGGCGGGGGGUGACAUGGGGUGCGGCGUUGGUCGGGUCUGGGCUCCGGGGACUGAGGUCACUGGUUCUAGUGGGGUUUCCGCGGGGCCUAGCUCGGGCGGGGACGCUGGGGUGGCGCUGGAGACGGUGGAGACUGGGAGCGACAGGGCGGAACUGACCGGGGGUAUUCCGGACGCGGCUAGGCAGCACGCGUAUGUAUCCUUUGCGGGCCCGCUGGGAGUUCAUCUGAAACAGGACGUGAAGGAGAAGCUCUGGAAAGGUGAGUUUUGCGAGAUCUUCUCCCUGCUCCCCUUUGAGGACUUUAUUGACCUCAAGGACGACGAUAAAAAGGAUGAGAAGAAGGAAGAGGAGGAAAAACGGAAGCGGUAUCGUAAGAUUCCAAAAUCCUUUGGUAACUGGUUGAGGGCGUUUUGCGUGCUGGCCAGCGUACUCGGCGAGAAAUCGCCGGGAUUGUGCUCGUCCCUGUUUUGCUACUUGGACGGCAUUUGGGAAGCAUACCGUACCUAUGGGGGGCUGGCGUGGUGGCGGUACGACAAACAGUUCAGGCAGCGACUAGCAGCCAAUCCAGGUAUGAGUUGGGAUCAGAUGGAUCUGCCUCUCUGGAUGAAGCUGAUGAUGGCGCAGAAGGCGCAGCCCUUUCAAAACUCGGCCGGCGUGAAGGGGCAGUCCGCCUCGUCGGCCGCUUUACAAAAGGGCUUCUGCUGGCUCUACAAUGAGGGCCAGUGCAAAUGGGGAAACGCUUGUCGAUUUAAGCACGAGUGCUCCGGUUGUGGGGGUGCUCAUGGGCUCAAUCGCUGUUUCAAAAAAGGUAAGGCGGGAAACGCCGGAGCGGCCGCCGCGGCCGGAGGGGGUGCUUCCCCUGCCUCGGGGCUUCACCCCAGUGAGGCUAGACGCGAUGGAGCCGUGGCUAAGCCGCUACGGUAAUAGGGCUGAUGCCUCGGUACUCCGGGCGGGCUUUGGGCGCGGUUUCUUUAUCCCAUUUCGGGAGCGGGGGGGGGUCGGGGAGGUUGCGCAACCUGAAAUCGGUUGCGGACUUCCCGGGUGUCGUGCGUGAAAAACAGGACAGGGAGGUCAAGCUGGGGCUGAUGGAGGGCCCGUUCACGGCACCCCCAUUGGAGCGCCUCCGGGUUUCCCCUCUUGGGGUGGUUCCAAAGAAGGAGCCGGGGAAGUUCCGGCUCAUUCACCAUCUCUCCUACCCGAAAGGGGAGUCGGUGAACGACGGUAUUGAUAAGGACUUGCAUGCAUCAUUCGACCGGGCGGUCGAGCUGGUUAAACGGGCCGGGCGUGGGGCGCUUAUGGCCAAGGUGGAUGUUGAGGCCGCGUUUCGGCUGUUGCCGGUCCACCCGGACUGUCACCACCUGCUGCGAUGUUUUUUCGAAGGGAAGUAUUUCGUGGACUUAUGCCUCCCUAUGGGCUGUUCCAUUUCAUGCUCCUACUUCGAGAAAUUUAGUACUUUUCUCGAAUGGGUGGUGCGGGUGGAGGCGGGGAGCCGUUCAGUGGUGCACUACUUGGACGAUUUCCUUUGCGUGGGGCCGGCUGCCUCCUCGGCAUGCCAGCAACUGCUUAGGACUAUGGAAUGGGUGGCGGGCCACUUCGGGGUGCCGCUGGCAGCGGAUAAGACGGAGGGCCCGGCGACGUGCCUUAGUUUCCUGGGGUUGGAGAUAGAUUCGGUUAUGGGUGAAUGCCGGCUGCCACGGGACAAGCUGGAAGGGCUAAGAGGAGCAGUGGCUGCGGUGGCUGUGGCGCGCAAGGUUACACUGCGACAACUGCAGUCGUUGAUCGGGAUGCUGAAUUUUGCAUGCCGGGUAAUUCCUAUGGGGAGAGUUUUCAGCCGCAGCCUAGCGGCUGCUACGGCAGGGGUUCGUUCCCCACGCCACUUCAUACGGGUGUCGGGGGCCAUGAGGGCCGAUUUGGGCGUAUGGGAUGCCUUCUUGCAGGAUUUCAACGGGACGGUGUUCUUCCGGCAGGAGGGAAAGUCGGCGGCGGAGCUGGAGCUCUUCACGGAUGCGUCGGGUAGUGUGGGCUUCGGAGCCUACUUUGGGGGGAGAUGGUGUGCGGAGAGGUGGCCGGAGACAUGGGGGUCCAGCCCGGUCAUGCGCAACCUGGCUUUCCUGGAAUUGUUCCCGUUGGUCGUCGCGAUGGCACUGUGGGGCGAGGGGCUGCGUGACCAAAAAGUGGUCUUUUUCUUGGACAACAUGGCGGUGGUGCACGCGGUGAAUAAUCAGUCGGCUGCCUCUAAGCCGGUAGUUAGGUUGCUGCGGCACUUUGUGUUAAUGUGUAUGUCACGGAAUGUUGUUUUUCGCGCGCGUCAUGUCCCUGGGUACCUGAACGAAGUGGCUGACGCUCUGUCUCGUUUUCAGUGGUCCCAAUUUUGGACGGUGGCGCCAGGGGCAUUGAAGGAGGGAGAGGCUUGCCCGGACGAGAUAUGGCAGCUGGGAGCAUCCUGCUUGGGGGACUUGUGAAGGCUUCGCUGGUGCCGGCCACAUGGGCCUCCUACAGUAAGGUCUGGGAUUCUUGGGAACGGUCAUUGGACGGGUUGGAUCAUGUCUUACAAGGGGGUGCGCUACGGGACGCUUUUCUGUGGUACACUUGUCAAUUGCUGGCAAAGGGGGCAUCCCCGGCAGUGGUCGACAGGUCCAUGGCGGCAAUGGCGUUCUGGUUCCGGUGGCGCGGGAAGGAGGAUCUUACCAAGACCUUAGUUAGGCAGGCGUUGAAGGGUUAUCGGAAGGGCCACAGGUCACAUGACACUAGGCGCCCGGUGUCGGUGCGGGUGUUGGGGGAUCUGGUGGGUAUGUUGCCUGUAAUUUGUUUCAACGGGUUCGAGGUCUCUUUGUUCAGAGCGGUCUUUCUCUUGGCAUUUUUCGGGGCGUUCCGCGUGGGGGAGCUAGUGAGUGCCAGUAGGGUCGUGCCCGGGGGUUUGCAGGCCUCGGGGGUUCGUGUUUUGGAGGGUAAGAUGGUUGUGCAUCUGGGUAAAUCUAAAACGGAUGUCCACGGCGUGGGUCGGGAUGUAACACUAUGGGCCCUGCCGGGCGCAGUAUUGUGCCCGGUGGCCACGGUGGCGGAGUACAUGGCUCGGAGGCCGGCGGUGGGGGGUUCUCUGUUGGUGCAUGCCGAUGGUUCUUCCCUUUCCCGAUUCCAGUUUACGAAGGUUUUUCGAUUGGGACUAAGUAAGUUGGGGCUUCAGGCUGGGCGUUUUGGUACUCAUUCCUUUCGCAUUGGGGCGGCCACGGAGGCCGCACGGUUGGGACUAGGAGAUGAGGUCGUGAAGCGCAUAGGGAGAUGGGAGUCGGUGCGGUUCCGUUCAUAUGUACGGUUGGGCUUAUUGGAAUAAUUAUAUGUGUAUAUAUAUAUAUAAGACUCGAAGGUAACGGGGGGGAGGGGGCGGGCGGGCAUGAAAGGGGGGAGUUUCCCUUUGCCUUCCCUCACACUUGUUUUCUUCUCCUCCCCAGGACGGGUUGCUUGGAUUGUGGGACAUUCUUUUGUCUUCUGGGCCGAGAGGAGGGCCGCAGCUCGAGCGCAUGGCCAGCAGCUGGGUUUUCCGAAGGACCAGUUGGCAGUCCGAUGGUUUGGGUAUCGGGGAUUUUGCUGGGGGGAGGUUUGUGGGGCAAUGUUUAGGAUGGUUGCGGGUGGGAAAACGCCGGACCUGGUGGUCCUUCAUGCCGGGGGUAACGACUUGGGCCUCACGCCGCAACGACGGUUGGUGAAAUGGAUGAAGCAGGACAUCAACAAGCUGAGGGACCUGCUUCCGGGGGUUAUGUUAGUGUGGUCGGAGAUCGUCCCAAGGCGUCGGUGGCGGCACGCGCGGGAUCUGGUGGCUAUCAAUCAGUGCAGGAAAAAAGUGAACAGCUUGAUGGCAAGCUUUGUUAGGAAGGUGGGGGGAGUGGUGGUACGGCACGGCGAGUUGGAAGAUGGGUUGCCGGGGUACUACCGCUCGGAUGGGGUUCAUCUCUCGGAGGUGGGUUGGGACCUGCUAAACUUGGGUUGGCAGGAUGGUAUGCAGCGGGCACUAUUUCUUCAGGGUGGUGGAGCUCAGACGGCUUAAGGGGUCAAGGUCUGAGCUUAUGGCGGGAUGGGGAGCUGAAGGAAAGGAAAUAGGCUCCCCAGGAUGAACGUAAUGGAAAACAAGCAAGUGGUGGUCAUCGGUGGUUGAUAGGUUUCGAGUCCUGUCGGUGGCUCAGAACCUGGUGGGGUAGGGGUAUCCGGGUAUACCCCUGCCGUGGUUAAUGGAUGGUUGGCACUUUACAUCGGUAUUGGGAUAAUGUUGAUGUAUGUUAUAUAUAUAUAUGUGUUAUUUAUAGGGGGUCAUUGCCCUUUAUAUGUUAAUGGAAGGAAUAGGAUGCGAGGGCGGAGUAUGGGGGGCAAUGACCCAUGUUUUACUUGUUUAGUUAAUAUUAUUAUUAUCAUUGUUAUUAUUAUUGUUGCUUAAUAAAGCUGUGGACAAAAUUUCCCAUAUCCCUUAGUGUCCGUGCGUUAUUGGGUUAGGAUAUGGGGUGAUUGUCCUGGAUUCCGACUGCCCAAAAUGGCGACUAUACACCUGUCAUGAGUGCCUGGACCUAAUUUAUUUUACUUGAGGAUUGCAGUCUACUUCUCACUUGUCUUUCAAAUCUCUCCAUAGCACUGCUUCUGUCUACCAAUCCUCACUAAUAUGCAAGUGUUUCCAACUGUUAACAGCUUUCCCUCCCCACACCUCACUAACCUAACUUCUCUCCUGCAACUGCAUCAUUUAAUAAACUAAGCCUUUAUUGUAAGCUUUUCUAGAAACCUAUUUUAGAAUUACAUGAAAUACAUCUUACUCUUACCUCUUGUGUCAUAUUAGUUUGCUUCCCUUAGAAUGUAAGCUUGUUUGAGGAGAGCCCUCAGCACCUCCUGUACCUAUAUUAACCUUUUAAGGAAUAGCGGGCGUGCUCUGCUGUCCUUGGGGACUUGGGAAUCACGAUGGGGGGACUUGCCUGGCAUUCCAGGCAGCUCCCCUGCAUCUGAUCCAGCCCAUCUGGGCCAUGUGAUCGCAAGGUCCUUGCGAGAACCUCAGAGUCAGAUGGACGGAAUAGCUGUCCAUAGCAGUGCCAGCAAGGGGAGUGCCUGGGAUGACAACAGGUAGUCCCCCUGCUGCCUGUAAAAAGUUAAAUAAAAGUUAAAACAGUGUAAAAUAAAAUAAUAUAUACUUAGAUCAUAUAUAUAUAUAUAUAUAUAUAUAUAUAUAUAUUAUGUAUAUGAUCUAAGUAUAUAUAUAGCUAUAGAUAUAUGGUUUUGAAACACUAAUAUUUGUGUUCAGCGAAGUCUCCCAAGUAUAACAGUACCUCUCAUGUAGAGGCUUUAUGUAGUUUUACAAAAGUUACAGAGUCAAAUAUAAGGCUCGUGCUUCAGUUUUUUUCACAAACACUGGCCAAAAUUGGCAUUCAAUUUAUUUUUUUGCUUUUUUCACACACAAACAGGAUAAAAAGAUGUGUUCUAAUGGUUGAACUUGAUGUUCUUGAGUCUUGUUUCAACCUCAGGUACUAUGUAAUUGUGUAAGCAUCAAGUUAAUCUAAACUAGUCUUUAAAGAUCCAGCAUGAAAUUAAAAUAUUUCACUUAUGUUGCAAUAUCAAGACUCUCUAGAGCUAGUAUUGGUUUACGAGUAGAUCAUUCUGGGCUUUCCCCUAAAGUUAACUUACAAUGCAUAUCAUCCCUCCGAGAAACACAGUUAUCUUUCACACUAUAUCAUACCAUAACUACAUCAAUAGUCUGCCGUUCACUCCUUUGAAAGCUUUCUCAGCAGUUUCAUUAUUUUAGGGAUAGGAAAAAUUGUGCAACCAGAAGCAGAAUGGGAAAAUAUCUAAGAUUUUUAAUUUGGGGAUUGUUGAAAAACAGGACCAUUUUGAAAUCAGUCAAUGAGAAAAUCAUUGAAGUUUCACACUUUUUUUUCUUCAUAAAAAUGCAAUUAAACUUAUUUGAUAUGCAACAAUUCAUUUAAGGGAGAAAUCUGAAACUCUUGGCUGUCUAAUUGUUACCCCAUCAUGUAUCCCACCAUGUAUUAAUGUAUUAAUACCCCAUCAUGUAUUAAUAGCUCAUCUGCAUGCUAUUGCUUUACAUUGUCUCUUUACAUUGUUUUAAUGGUUUUCGCUUUCUACAUUGUGACAAACUCCCAUUUUUCUGUGAGUUUACCACGAGUUAUUGGAGGGGCCUGUUUGCCAACCUCCUACCCUGUGACUAUGGCCCCUGCAAUAGAACUGGCUAAUAUACUCCAAACAGGCUCUGUUCGUGCAAUUGAGACUAUAAGGUUCGUUUACCGAACAACCGCAGGAACAGAGACCACCCUGGAGCUUGUUAACAUCUAUUAACAGCUUGGAAUGUUUCUCACCCCAGUGUUCUAAUUGUUCGUCUGGGUGGCCGCGAUUCCUAUGAACAACCACGAGGUGGUGGCCAUCUUGUUCGCAUGAACGCAGGCAGCAUAGUUUGGGCAUGAAUCUUAUGGAACUGAAAUCGGAUACAAAAACUUCCGAACACCGCUGAACUUCCAUAAUCGCCUGUGUUCGUUUCUAUUUAGCUUAGAAGGGCACUGUUCGAUGAGAUCAUUCGUCUAGAUGAUGGGAACAAGCUCCCGGGUAAGACUAUUGACUCCGUUCAGUAGUUUGUUGGUUUGCAUACUACCGAACUAGACUGGCCGGCCAAAAAGAGACUCCCAUGAAGCUUUUGAACCCCUGCACUGAUCUGGGUGAUUUUUGGAUAUGUUGUUCACCCAGAUCAGGGCUAUCCGGAGAAGUAACAUUUUGGGGGGUAUCUUAUGUUUUGGGGUACUUUCUGCCUGGAGAUAAUUGAGUUACUUACAGGACUUUACUCAAUUAUCUCCCAAGCAGAGGGGAGAGAUUGUGUGCUGUACAUGGGCGUGUCACAGACUGUAUGUUUGUUCUGAUUGGUUUAUGUCCUUUGUAUUCCUGUGCCCCAUUAGGUCCAGGGGGUGUUCCUCUGGCCUGCAGAAUUUUAUAAAAGCCAACCUGAACCAUUAAAGAUUGGAUCAUCUUGCACCUUCAUGAAGUUUCGGCUCAUGUUUGGGGGAUUGGAGACCUACACUCUGGGGGAUUGCUAUAAUCACUAUACUCCCCUGAGUAUAAUCACUAAGCUCUUGAAAGAGCUUGUUCCUGCUACGCUCUUUGGACUAAGAGAGGUCUACCCUCUGGAAGCUGGAUCCUGGUCAUAGGUCCAGGGUGGGUAGGAGACGGCGAGAUCCCAACCAAGCUGCAGCGGUUUUUGUGGUUUGCAGUAGUUAUAGUGUUCCAGCGCAGUGCUUAUGGUACUCGUUAGUACUAGGAAGCAGCUAUUGACGGAGGUACCCGCUCAGGUUGCCAGGCGGUCCAUCACAUAUAUUAACAAAUCAACUAAACCUAAAAUGGAAAUAGAUUAAUUUAAUAGGCAGAGACAUUAAGCAUUAGACUCAUGAUUCAUACUCUAAGUUAUCAUUUCAUUCAGUGCAAAGUUUGGCUUUAAAUGACUGCCUAGUAGAGAUGUGAAAGAACUUCCCAAACUUUGCACCCUCCCAUUCACAUAACUAAAGUUCUAAAACCUCCCGAGAGAGAGUGUUCAUCCACUUAUUCCAUUAUUGUCAUACUUUUCCCAUGAUAUCCUCUUUAAUUGAUUAAGGGGAAUUUGGCACUGUAAUGGGAAGCCUGAAUUGAGGGUCUGUUGAUUUAAAUGAAACCUAUAGUUCAGAAAAUACUUUCACUAUUUAAGAACUAUACAUCCUGUUCCAAAUUAUUAUGCAAAUUAUAUUUUUCUCUUUUACCUAAAUAAUUAAUGUAAAUAACAGUCAGCAUAAUUCUCAUGUCAUCAACUUUUAAGAGUACAAUUCAAAUUUUAUUGAACAAACCUCCUAAUGAUAACAGUAUUUUUUUUAAACAUAAAAAACUUACAAUGCACUGUUCCAAAUUAUUACGCACAGUUAAGUUUCAAAACACUUUAUAGGUUGUAAAGAACUGAAAAUGGUAAUUUAUGUGUUUGUAGCAUAUUUACUGAAAUCAAAAGCUAUUUCAAUCAAACAUAUAACAACAUUUUAACUUUUUAAACAUUUUAACAGGUCACAUUACAUUUUAACAUAGGAUCCCUUAUUUGAUAGCAGCUUCACAAGUCUUGCAACUAUUGAACUUGUGAGCUUUUGGACAAUUUCUGCUUGAAUUUGUUUGCAAGAUGUCACAAUAGCCUCCCAGAGCUGCUGUUUGGAUGUAAACUGCCUCCCACCCUCAUAGAUCUUUUGCUUGAGGAUGCUCCAAAGGUUCUCAAUAAGAUUGAAGUCAGGGGAGGAUGGAGGCCACACCAUGACUUUCUCUCCUUUUAUCCCCAUAGCAGCCAUUGAUGCAGAGGUAUUCUUUGCAGCAUGAGAUGGUGCAUUGUCAUGCAUGAAGAUUAUUUUAUUACGGAAAGCAUAGUUCUUCCUUCUGUACCAGGGAAGAAAGGGGUCAGUAAGAAACUCCACAUACUUUGCAGAGGUCAUCUUUACACCUUUGGGGACCCUAAAGGGGCCGACCAGCUCUCUUCCCAUGAUUCCAGCAUUAAACAUGACUUCACCACUGCCUUGCUGACGUCGCAGCCUUGUUGGAACAGGGUAGCCGUCCACCUACCAUCAACUACUCCAUCCAUCUGGACCAUCCAGGGUUGCACGGCACUCAUCAGUGAACAGUACUGUUUGAAAAUUAGUCGUCAUUUUUUUUCUGCCCAAUGCAGCCAUUUCUGCUUGUGAGCAUUGGUAAGUGGUGGCUGAAUAGAAGGUUUAUGCACAGUUGCAAGACUCUGGAGGACUCUACCCCUUGAUGUCCGUAUGACUCCAGAGGCACCAGCAGCUUCAAAUAUCUGUUUGCUGCUAUGUAAUGGCAGCUGCUCUCUUGAUCCGAUGCAUGGAUCUGGCAGAAAUCUUCCUCAAUGUGCCUUUAUCUGCACAAACCCGUCUGUGCUCUGAAUCAGCCACAAAUCUCUUAAUAGUGCGAUAAUCACGCUUACGUUUUCGUGAAAUAUCUAAUGUUUUCAUACCUUGUCCAAGGCAUUGAACUAUUUCACUCUUUUCGGCAGCAGAGAGAUCCUUUUUCUUCCCCAUAUUGCAUGAAAAUGAUGCUCUGCUUAAUAAUGUGGAACACCCUCUUUUAGUAGUUUUUCCUUAAAUUGGGCUCACCUGGCAAUCUAAUUAUCACAGGUGUCGGAGAUUGUUUUCAGUGAUCAAAAGAGCCCUGAGAAACAAUGCCAUCCAUGAGUUAAACUGAAAAAUAAAAUAUUUAAUCUUUGUGGCACGUAUAUAGAAUUUGCAUAAUAAUUUGGAACAGGGUGUAGAUUCCCCUAUAGCUUUUGACCACUUCAUCCAGAGAUUUUGGCCUUGUAUUUUACAAUUCAUAUAUCAAAUCACUCCAGUUCAGUGUUUGGCAAAUGUAUCCAAAUUAAUUUGAGUUACUUUUGGCAUUUGAAGUAGCGUCUCACUUCUCUAUAUAAGCAGAGUGUUAUCACUUGGAUACUAAACUGGGACACAAUGAUUUUCAAGUAAGUUUAUGAUUCCAAAAGUGUCCAAAAAUAUGGGUGUGGCAGGAAAGGCGGGGGGUGGGGGGAUUUAGUUCAGUCCAUAAGGCCACACAUAAGGGUCAAGCCAUCAAGGAAGUUAUCACAACUCUCAUUAUGGUGGAUCACCCAACUCCCAACAAGAUUUUUUCCGCACAAUAUACUUUUUACCCCAAAUCUUUCUAAAUACAAACGACAACGCAGGUCUCCCAGUGCCCAUGAGCGAUCAACACAAAAAGGGGAAAAACAAACUUCUAUAGGCUACGUAUAUGAAGUGUCCCCACCCCAACACUGACAUGUUAGCAGCUGGUGAGGGCUAUUAAUAUAUAACCGGGAGAACUUGAUAUCCCCAUCUAUAGCAGGUGUGUUCGAUUUUCUAUUUUUUUAUUGAGGUUUUUUUGCAAAUCAGGUGUUUUAUUAUUUUUUAUUAUAUAGGGGGACCAUGAGUGGGGGCUAAUUACAGGUGGGGGCUGGCAUGGGGACAUUAGUUCCCCUCCAGUUAUAGAAUAAAUAUUGAGGGCAUAGGGGGCUAAAUCCUUCCCAUUGGCCUACCCAGUCACUAUUUUUUUUUUAUUACAGUAAGCAGCCAAUGGUUGACCUCUGUUUAUUAGAUAUGCUCCAACCCAGAGCAUGGCAGGUGGGGGGCACUGAUUAGUUUUUUUAACCUCCCUUAUGGUAAUAUAGAGGUCAUAUUGACCCCAAUAGGUAUUUACAUUUUUAUUUUUUUACUCUAGUGUGGUGACUGGCUAGCAAGUGCCUUGCACCACUAUUUUAUUUUCACCUUUUUUAUCUAUUUCUCCACUGGCUGCUAAUGUGCAGCAACUGAAAUCCAGAUCACAUUCACAGUCAUUCGGAGCAUGCAUUUAAAUCUGGACAUUGAUAAAUAAUGUGACCAAUGUCUGAAUUUUACAGUCCGACUUACCACACUGGAUGGUUUUGCCCCUUUCAGUAUGAGGCCAUUUGAACUUUAGUGAAUAACCCUGUAAAUGGCAUAAAAACAAUACCCAUCUUCUCAUCAUAAGGCAAGGAUCAGGGCUAAAUGUGUGAAAUUUGAGUGUCCACACAUUCAUGCUUUGUUUGAAAGUUUUUUUAACCCACUGUUUUACCUUCUUCUUUUAUUUUAUAGCUCAACAUGAGCUGAAGGUGUUUGUGGAACUUUAUCGAGCUACCACAUAUACCAGGGUUUCUGCUUAACAUUCUCAGCAAUGAAAUGCAACUAACAAUGUCUGUAUGGGGCCUUUAGCAGGAGACAUGUACAGUACUUGUUACUGCAAACACAAUAAAUAAGCGUUCCGCAGUUCACGUUGUAUAAAAUAAAUAGUGUGUGGCACUCGAUUCAAUAGAAUUCCAACUCUUCGGUGUCAGUGCAGCAGGAAUGGACUUUGUUCACUAGACCAACAUAAUCAGAACAAGGCAAUGUGGUAUAAUGAUGAUAUUAUUAAGCCAUGAAGCAAAUAUUGGGAGAGAUUUGUCAGUAAAAUUAGCUGGAUUCCUGGAUAUCCUCCAUUAAAAAGUAAAAAAAAAAAAAAAAAAAAUAAUAAUUCCAAGAUAAGAAAAAAAUUAGCUUUAUUCAAAAAAAGUGGACAUGUGGCUAGGACAUACAGGGGAGAGCAGAAAGUCCACUACUAGCGCGUUUCAUGCCUACCAAUACAUCAUUGAUCAUCUUGAAAUAGACACUCUGUACAUAUUUUGGUUUGAUAGCUGAACAAAACCCCAUACAUUCCAUAUUCCGCAUUGCAUUGUACCAUACGUUUUCCACAAUUCAUACAUUCCCCACAGUCAAGAGCAAUAUGGAGAAAACUCUGAUGCUGACAUGUCUCUUUUCAUAUACUUUAAUUUUCUCAUUUGUAAUUCUGAGGAACAAAUUAACACCCUGGAUAUGUCAAGUCUGGGUAGUCUACUGAUUUAUACUUCUUACUCCCUUAUUUAUUUUGUGUUAUUUAUCAUGAAAAGUAAUUGAUUAGGAUUCCCAUCACUUCACUAAACCUAUAUUCAGAUUUGAUGCUAUGAAUGUCAUUCACUGUUGUGUUAAGCUAAGCAAUGCAACGACCUGUUACCUGAUGGCCGAAUGAACAAUUCUACUGCUGGGAAGAAUGUGUUUUGCUAGACGUGAAUUAUUGGUCUUUUGAUGUUGACACAACCCAAAACCUGUAAAAUUGCUAAAGCAAUAAAAUUUUAAUACAGACUUCCCCACCUUUCCAUAUACGUUAUGUCUCAAACACCAUGACCAACCACGUACUGUUCAAGCUAUUUUUUUAGAUGAUUGACAAGACAUAGUUACUGAGAUAGAUGCCUGUAAAAUUCCUUUAAACAAUAACUGGUUCCUACGUCACUUUAGAUCUUCAUAUAAAAGAAGAAUAUGGACGAGAAACAUCAAAAUUCUCAUUCUAAUUUCUAAAUCUCUCCAGCAACACUAUGGCUCACAUGAAAAAUCAGAAGUUUUCUUUAUUUGAAUGCCAUAUGUCAAAUCAUAGUGGCUACAGUCAUGGUGGUCAAAAUCGGAGUGGAUUCACUGAAGGCCAGUCAGGAGUCACCAAUGCAUUCAACCAUGAAGGAAGCCAUACUUCUCAUGUAGGACUCUACAGAAGCCAUCAAGGAAGUUAUCACAACUCUCAUUAUGGUGGAUCGGCCAACUCCCAACAAGAUGAUUUCCGCACAUUAUACUUUGCAACCCCACAUCUUUCUAAAUACAAACGACAACGCAGGUCUCCAAGUGCCCAUGAGCGAUCAACACAAAAAGGGGAAAAACAAACUUCUAUAGGCUACGUAUAUGGAGUGGGAAAUGUACACAGCACCCAUAAAAAUGGAAAUUACCUUAAAAGGUCUGUUGACCUUCAUGGAAGUAUGCAUGAUGGUUUGUUUCAUAUCAAUGAGAAGGAAACUAUGCAACUUUUGAAUGACAGGCUGGCAACUUACAUGGAGAAAGUUCAAUCACUAGAACAGGGAAAUUCUCAGCUGGAGAACAAAAUCAAUGAUUGGUAUACAAAAAAUACUCCUAGAUCACUCCCUGACUCAAGACCAUACCUCUCAACCAUUCAAGACCUUCAGACUCAGGUAAAAUAUGUUUCCUUAACAUAAUUCUAUCAUAGAAACCCAGUGAGUAUAUCAUACUUUUUUAUAUAAAAAUACGUGUGUGUGUGUGUGUGUGUGUGUGUUUAUAUAUAACAGGAGUCAGACAGUAAUAUCACAGGGAAAUCCUGAUUUCAGGUUGGUGAUAAUAAAUAAGUCAGUCAUAAAUCUGUGGUCUGUAUGUAUUUAUGAGUGUGUAUGUAUGUGUGUGUGUGUGUGUGUGUGUGUGUGUGUGUGUAUGUGAAUGCCAGUGUUUCAAUAUGUUCUAUGAUAAUGUAGAUCUAGUGCCCAUGAAAUGUUGAUGUGUGGCUGAGAGAAGACAAAACACUCCAAAUGUGUAUUAUAUUAUCAUAAACAUGUUUAAAAAAACAACAACUCCGAACGAUUUUACUGUGAAAGGAGCACCAAUGAGAAAUAGAGUUAACAGAUAGAGAAGAAAACAUAUUUAGACCAAGGAGAGCACAUAUAAUAUGCAACUGGAGUACACAAAAAUAAAUUACUGUGCAUCUAAAUUUCAGGGUCUUAUAUGUGAAAAAAGAUGGAGCUUAGUAACAAUCUAUCAAAUCAAAUAAUGUAUUUGCAAACUGUUUUACAGAUUCUUGAAACCACAAUGAAAAAUGGCAGUAUCUCCCUUGAGGUAGACAAUGCCAAAUGGGCUGCCGAUGAUUUUAAGAACAAGUAAGUUGGUGAAUGCAAAACUCCAGAAAAUAUGUGUUUGACAGAGAGUGUGAGUACCUGUGCAUUUUCACAAAGUAUUUUCAUUUCCAAAAGGUAUGACAUAGAACUGAGGCUAAAGGAUAGUGUUGAAAGAGACGUGAAAGGUCUACGGCAAGCCUUGGCUUGGUUGAAAAUGGAAACAAAUGACCUGGAGAUACAAGUCCAAAAUCUGCAAGAAGAGGACCAGGAAAUUAAAAAGAACCAUGAGCAGGUAAUUUUUAACUCAAUCUUUUCCUAAAAUAUGGAUAAGCUGUAAGAUAACUUUUUUAAAUUUUUCAUUCUUGUUACCAUUAUGAUUUAAGGAAGUCACAGCACUGAAAUCUCAGAUGGGACAGAGAGUGAACGUGGAAGUAAAUGCAGCACCAUCCAGAGAUCUCAACAAAACAUUGGACGAGAUUAGACAGCAAUAUGAAAAUCUAAUGGAACGGAACCUCAAAGAAGUUGAAAGCAUGUUCCUUGCAAGGGUAAACAUAUUGACUUAUUUUAUUGUUUUAAAAGUUUGAAAUAUGAGUAGUUGCUAGUUCUUAGGGGAUUGUGUGUUCUAGGUCCAUUUGCAUUAGUUGCCAUAUCCCACUCUCAUUCAUAAGGACAGACUUGUUGCAUGUUUCUGAUGAUUUGUAUCCUCUUCAUGUUUGCCUAAUACUUUGAUGUACAUUAGUACACAUUUUUCCAUGACUAUAAAUUUGUAUUAUUUUCCAUUAUUUAAAAAAAAAUAAAAAUUGUUUGGACAUAUGCUUUGGAUAAUACAGUUAAGGCAAAGCAGAUUUUGAACAGGCCAUAAUUAAAUUAUUUGUGUUAAUAAAUGCAGCCAAAUACAGUAUUUAUGCAUGUUUGGUGAGAUUUACAAGAUAAAACAGGAAAUGGACUGGUUGCAAAGUUAGAAAAUGCAGAAAUAAACAGGAAAGGGGGAUAUGUAUUUUAGUUUAUGUGUUCUCUUCUAAAAAGUGGUCUAAAGUAUUAAAAGUGGGACAAUCAUCAUGGAAACCAGUGGACCAAUCAGGCAUAUUCCAUUGGCGACUUUUUAAAAACACUUUCGGGGCACCUCUUGCCUGCUUGUAACACUUAUUUGUACAGCAAAAAUAAAGAAUAAAAAAAAAAACACUUCGAUAACUCCACCACAUGGUGUUAUCAUGGAUAACUAUGUCCUGCCAUGCAGAACUCAAGCAAACACAUAUAAUAGAGUGUCUGGACUGAAUGCAAAACAGAGCAGUACAGGAUAACAGAAUGUAGAAUAAAUGACAAUAUUAGCCAAAGUCAAGUACAGUAGAUAGGAGACAGGUCAAUGAAAAGCCAAGGUCAGGUUAGCGAUAAACAGGAGAACAGGAAAUAAUUGCCCUCGGAUUAACCAAACAAAUGGAAACCAGGAAAGGGCAUAGUACUGAACUAAAAAAGGGGAUUAUAUAGAUUAAGCAGACCACUAUAGGUUAAUUUCUCCCAUGUGAUGCCAGAACGUGUGUGUGAGUGGCCAGCGUGACAAUGCACGCACAUUCUCAUCAUCUGUAUUUUCUGAGAAGAUGCAGCCUUUCAAGGUUCUGGCAUGCAGCGGCCUGCAUUGGUGAGAUCACCAAAAGUAGGGGCAACUGCCUGCAAGAAGGAUGUGGAUGGCAUUCUCCGUAAGUAUAACAGUCACAUGGAAAUGAGCCGCCAGAUCCCUGACUGGCCAAGAACUGUGGCAGAUGUUUGUUCCUUCUUUUGCACUUUGCCACAAAAUAGCACAUGGUUUUGCCUUGAUAACCCUCCCUAAUUUUGUUUAUAUUUAGUGUUUUACCUCUUCAGCCUAUUUUCUGUCUUCCAGAACCCCUGAAAUGUUUUAUGGGUCUGGUUUAUUUACAAAAUGUCCAUUUACAAUGGCAAAUGAUAUGAUUCAACAAAUUAGACUUUUCUACAAUAAAAAAUAAGAAUGAUAAAAUGACCACUCCAUGUGAUUAUCAUGAUUAUUGUUUGCUUCCUUUGUUCACAGAGUGAAGACCUGAAUCGUCAGGUGGUCUCUGCUUCCGAGCAACUCCAAUCAGUGCAAACCGUUAAUAUUGACCUGAAACGCAAAAUACAGACCCUGGAAAUUGAUCUUGAAAGUCAGCUAAGCAUGGUAUUGUACUCUGCUCUCAUAUUAUUAAACAAUAACUAUUUAUUAUAUGUAGCUAUUAAUAAUAAUAAAAAAUAUCAGGCAUAGUAAUAUUACUUUGAGUAGUGCCAUACAUAUUUUAGGUUAAUCCUUAAUAAACUUGGCAUACACAAAAUUCUCAUGCAAGAAGGGUGGCAUAUGAAGAUUUGGGGGGAAGCAUUCAGCAAAUAUGUGUGUUGUUGGGCCCCUCUGUUUCAUAUCCUGUUUCACUGCCAGGACACUUACCUACUUGGUUGAGAUUUUGUGGAUAUUUUUGCACUUUCAGAAUGCAGCCUCUUCAUUUUCAACGUUUUCUGCCUAUGCCCUGUUCUUUUAAUUUCUGAAUCUCCUCAAUACUGUACUCUAAUAUCAUUAAGUAGACCCUGUCUUGCGCAAACCUUGUGUAUGUCAGGGUAAGCUUCAAGUAGAUGUGAAAAUAAAAUGUGUGAAUUGUGUGGAAGAAUUUAGUAUCAAAUGUACUUAUUAACUUACUAGAAGGUACACUUGUGCACGGUUGGCGGAGAAUUUUGUUUGUCCAAAUUGAUUUGUUAAAAUAAAUUCAAAUAAUAGUUUCAGGCGAUUUGUGAUUCAUCCAUGUGACAUUUAGGUUUAGAUGAAUUUCGCUUCAGGAACAAGGAUUCAGACAAACCUAAAGGAUACAAAAAUUGACCAAUCAUAGUACUACAAAAUAUAAAUAAUAUGUAUGUAGCAGUAAAUUGCAGUAUUCGGACAUGUGCAUUUGUCCCGCCAUGUGGUACAUAAAUCAAGUCCUAUGUCCUUGAUUUAAUAUUUGUGGACAAACUUUUGAAGUAAUUGUCAUCUAUUAGAAAAACAUUUUAGAUGAUUUAUCUAUAUCAUUUGUAAAGAUUUUGAUCACUCAAAACUUAUCCUUUUUUCACUUGAUCACUCAAAAGCUUAUAAAUUGGGCCCAACUGAGAAGAAGUAACCAAGAGAGGAAACACGAGGAACAGAAAACUAUCUAUAUUCAUUUAACAAACGAUCAAUCAUCUUUUUUUUUAUAACAUCUAUUAUCUUUUUUGGUAUCACAUACAGGACUUAAAAUCAUGAAACAAGCAAAACGGUUUCAUCCAUUGUUCAUUUUGUUUUUCUUGUGGUUCAUCCAUCUGGCGUUUCAGAGUUUGGGGAUCAAGAUGCCCAAAAUUAGCAUUCUGUUAAAAACCAAAUGCACAAGUCUACUUGGAAGGUCACUUCAGUGUCCUCGAAGAUGCUUCCUAUUGCUUUCAACAAUUUUAGCUACAUUUGAUGUUAAAGGAUUUUCUCAAAAGAGUGAACAGAAUCAAUAGAUCUAUAGAUAGUUUGUGUAAUACACAGGAAGUUAACUUUUGUAAAAUUUGCCUUCUGAACUGCCCUAAAAAACUAAAACCUUCUGUCCAAUAAUAGAACGCAGCUCUGCAAGAUUCCUUGGCCGAGACCGAAGCCACUUACAGCUCCCAACUACAGCAGAUCCAGAAAAUGGUUGACCAAAUGGAAGCUGAGUUGUCCGAGAUCCGAUAUGAUCUGGAACGCCAAAACUCUGAGUACAAAAAACUUAUGGACCAGAAAACUCACUUGGAAAUGGAGAUCGCAACAUACAAACGUCUACUGGAAGGAAACAAUAUCAAGGGCAAAAGCGAAAAAGUCACUUUUUCUAUAGCAGAUAAAAUGAAAAGGUAUAUCUCUUACACAUUUUCACAUUGUAAAGCUUGAUGGCUAAUUAAAAUAUAUAUUUUGUAACGCUAAAAUAUAAACUCUUUAUUAGAUAAGUAUUUGAUUUAUUGCAUACUACAGUUCUAUGAAUAGUUUUUAAGGUAUGGUUUGCAACAAUUUAAUUUAAAUAUAUGUAUAUAUAUAUAUAUAUACAUAUAUAUAUAUAUAUAUACACCUCGAAGAAAGUGUACUCCAGAGGACUAUGUGAUAAUGCUCCUUAUUGUGUUAAGCCACGCAUGUACAAACCGUCAAUGUUUCAGUCCAAAUACCAAGACUUUUUCAAGACUUGAAAAAAGUCCUUGUUUAUGGACUAAAUGUUGUCCUUGAAGUCCUCUGGAGUGCACUUUCUUGGAGUUAUGUAUUAAGGCUAUGAGUUGGCGUGAACAAGAUGGGAGAGUGAGUGCCUGGACUUCCUAAAAAGAGCCUUUACUAAUACAUGUCCAACAAAAUCAACGUUUCGACCCUAUAGGGUCACUAGCAGGCUGUAUAAGAAAGCAAAAUAUAGAUAUAUAGGUGCAAGUGAAAUUUUACUACGUGGGAAAAUAAAUUAAUUUGCAUGAAAUGCCCAAUCUGUGACUUUUCCCAAGGCAACUUCCAAGUUAUAUUACUCUAAAUACAUGUUAAUAAUGUUGCCAUACUAUAACAAUACAGAUAUAUUUAAUGAAUUUUACUUAAGAUUAUAUAUAUGUAUAUUUCAUGAAUAAUGGCCAGAUUUGUUAGAUGAUCUUAUUCCAAAUAGAUCCUGUGCUAACUCUAUGUAUCAUGUCUUUGCAGUAGCACUGUUUCUUUAAGUAGCACUGAUGAACAAGAUAAGAAAAUCUCCAGUGUAACCGAAGGUAAACACUUUUUAAGAAUAUUAAAAUGUGUUGGUCUAAUAAGCUAUAGAAGAAUUUGGGGUUAUGUAGGAUGGUAAUCAUAUUAUUAAAAUUGUAUAAAGAUCUAAAACUUUACGGUAACAAUAAAGUGUGUUGUUCUCCAGAAAUGUAUGAUUUCAAAGUGAAAAGGUUUGAGCAUACUUUUACUACGUUAAAACAUUUAUGAUGCAUCCAAUGCUAUUUCAAUAGGACAGGCUUUUGAAGUCAGGAUUUUGUUCUGCAAGACUAACGAGAUUAAAGAAACAUCUGAUAAGCUUGUGAAUUUACUAUGAUCAUGCAUGCACAGUUUAACAUAAUCUAGGCAUGUGUUCAGCUACACUUAUAAAUUUUAUAAUAAGUGAUACAAUUGUGCUAAAUAGGGAUGUGCAUGGGCAAAACAUUCGGCUUGGUUUGGAAAUUCGGGUAAGUAAAAAAAAUGUGUCUGCUUCUGCAAUAUGGACCAAUGGCAUUCUGUUCCAUUUGGUUUGGCACUUUGGAACGUUGGAACUUUGGCACUUCGGAACUUCCGAAUGUCUAAAUGGCAUGAAAUUGGUACGAAUGUACAUUCAGAACGAAACAAAUUGCACAUGUCUACUGGUCACAUGAAUGCAAGCCAACACCCUGACAGCCUGAUUUGUAUACUAUCCCACCUCAAUGACUCUGUGUGCCUUCAUUGGCCAAGUGUCAGUGACAAAAUCACCAAUAUUGUAAAGCGCUACAGAAUCUGUAGAAAAGGCAGUGUUUACAUUGCCCCCUAGGGACACCUCCAGUGGCCACUCCUCGGAUGGCCACUGGAGGUGCUUCCUGGGGCAGUGUUGCACAGUAGGCUCUGCAAGGAGAUGCAGAAAUGUUCUAAUAGAGAUGCAUUGACUCAAUGCAUUUCUAUAAGAAGGUACUGAUUGGCCAAAACAAUGUUUGAUCCCGCCCCAUCCUGCUUCCUUGCCGAAUUGUAAUUUUGCUGAUGUCACCAAAAACGGGUGGAUCGGGGCAAGACCUGCACUGGCGGACCCUGGCGGCCCUGGAAAUAAGGUAUGUUUUAACCCCUUCUAAUGGGGCUAAGAGGGGGGCAAGACACCUGUAUGGUGGUUUUAACACUACAGGGUCAGGAAUACAUGUUUGUGUUCCUGACCCUAAAGUGUUCCUUUAAUUUAUUCUUCAAUUAUUCAUAGCUUAAUAUAUCAUCCCUGUAUAAGGAUACUAGGUACUUGUGGGCGUUCAAAUACAGAGUUAUUCACUAAAGUGAGAAUUGAAAGUGAAUUGAAGAGAAUAUAAACAAUUAAGGCUGAUAUAGCCAGACUGGAAAAAUUAUCUAAACCAGAAAUGCUUUCAGUUCAGCUGUUUUGGCCUUCAAUUUGAAAUUCACUUGGAAUACUCACUUUAGUUAAUAACCCUGGUUGGGUUAAACAUACAUAUAAGGAUUGACAAUUCCUUAGAAAAACUAUGCAACCAGUGGGUAAUUUUUUAUAUACAAUAUUAGUAGGUGGAUAGUGAUAUUUAUUUACUAUAAAGUGGUUUGGUGAUAGAUAAAGAAGAGAAUUAUAUAUUUUAGCUAUUUUAGUUUAAAUGUUACAAUUCAGAUGACAACUUUCAACAAUUUGCUAUAUCGUGAAUAAACCCUUCUGAACACAAUUCUGACGUAUAAACUAUAUUUAUAGUCUUGCAUUCCGCACAGGAAUAAGACUUGUUAAGAAUUCCUUCUUAUGUUUUUUUUUUUUAAUCUUUCUCUUUGCGGCUUAGACAUUUGAUGAAACUUAGGCCAUAACACCAAUUGAAUACAUACGUUUCAUAUUUUACCUUAAUGCCAAUUGCUUUAAUUUACAUGAAGAAACAGUUAUAAAAUAAUUUAUAAAAAAUAGUUUUGUUUUAAAUAAUUACAUUUAAAUUAUUUGUAUACAUAUGUUAUAUAUGAAUAAUAAUGUGUUGAUGAUGCGUUAUCUAGAGUUAAUGCUCGAGGUAAUUCAGAACCAGCUCCAGAGAUCAAAAGAGACCAAAACUGAAAAAUGA